GAUCUUCCCGACAGACCCGAGACGUGACCCUGAGCGGCGGGGAGAGAGAGAGUCAAGGUGAACAGCAGCCUUUCUUCUUUUUCACGGAUAUUUGGCGUGUAAAUUUGGAUGAGAGACUCCUCAGCAGCCUCUUGAGACAUCCCACGCCAGUCUGAUGGGAGCGUUGUGUGUCUGAGAGCGUCGUGAAAGAUGGAGGCUGCGUGGUGAUGUGAUGCACCUGGAGACACUCGCGUCAUCCAGCACACACCGAACACUCACGAGGAUACCAGUAAAUAUUCAAUCCCUUGACAAGUCGAUCAGCGGGAGGAGAACACGAUGAAUGUGCUUGUUUCUCUUCCCAUUGACAGAGAACAAUAGUGAGACUGCAGUGUGUCUGUGUGUCUGUGCGUGAGUGUGUGUUUCCUUUACGCAUGUAACGAACACUGCAAGCUCAACAGUAGUGAGAACCAAGUGACAAUGUGAGGAAACAAAGCUAAGUAUAAUCAAUCCAGGACAACGUAAAGAACACACGUACGAACACCUACACCCCCAACCUGCCUCGCAUCCCUUGGCUAGCUGCCCACACACUCACACACACGUACACGGGCACGGCUGGAGGAGAAGGCAAGUGUGGUAGAGUUCUCCGCCUCGUUGUGACGCGCCUGUCCAUAAUGUAGCAAGGCGGCCACCCACACAAGCCAGCGGCGGCCGACGAUGGUGGAAGAUGAGGAGGCCAUCAGGAAAGUCAAGAGGAAGAAGGGGGCCGGGAUGGUGGGCCGCCUCCCCCUUCCCUUCCCCUUCCACCUCACCUCCACCGAGGCGAGGACCUCUACAGCCCCGUCCCGCUCCCCCCUCGCCCCCCAGCCACGCCAAGAAUGUACUGGCGAUGGUCAUCGUGGUCUUCUUCGCCUUCUUCAGCGCAGGUCGAGGACACAUACGGGAGGGUCGCCGCGGUCCACUACUACUGUUGGGCGUACCGGAUCCCACCCUGCCCCCGCCGCCCCCGCCUAAGCUGGACCCGGCCCACUCUGCUGAUGUCACGGCCCUCGCUGACCGCCCCGCCAUCCUCAACUGUCGGGUGCACAACAUCAACAACAAGACGGUGUCGUGGAUCCGCCACCGCGAUAUCCACCUGCUCACCGUGGGCCGCUACACCUACACGUCAGACCAGCGGUUCAGGGCGCUGCACGAGGAUGACUCGGAUGACUGGAUCCUCAAAAUCAACUACGUGCAGACGCGGGACUCGGGCGUGUAUGAGUGUCAAGUGUCCACGACCCCUCCUCUCUCGCACUUCAUCCGCCUCACAGUCGUUAAGCCACACACGCACAUCCUGGGAGGCCCCGACAUGCACAUCAACACAGGCUCCACCAUCAACCUGACCUGCCUUGUGGAGUACAGCCCAGAGCCGCCAGACUUCAUCUACUGGAACCACAACAACAAGAUUAUCAGCUAUGACUCGAGCCGCGGAGGGGUGACUGUCAUCCUGGAGAAGGGGGAUCUCACUACCAGCUCCUUGCUUAUCCAGAAGGCGCGCCCAUCAGACUCCGGCCGCUAUGACUGCAGUCCCUCCAACGCUGACUCCGCUAAUGUCACCGUGCACGUGUUGAAUGGCGAGCACCCGGCGGCGAUGCAACACGGAGGCCAGAGCACCUACACCAACUCCUCUCUUAGCAACAUCCUACUGUGUCUCCUGGCGCUGCUGGCCGCCCUCCGCACCACGCUCAUGUAAAUCGCAGGCUCGUCCUCCCCACCCAGUCAAGACACAUCACUCGACUUAACGUUCUUACUGCUUCACUCCACUGAGCGAGCGAGUGAGCGAGCGAGCAAGCAAGCAAGCAAGCAAGCAAGCCCCGUCUACACACACACACACACACACACACACACACACACACACACACACACACACACAGACCAAUCCGUAUUUAUGUGCACAAAAACUACGUACUCAGUGGAUUUUUAUGGCGAAAGUCUUGACGCAUCGAGGCAGCGAGGCAAUCAAUAGUAGGGUCAGCACAGGGCCAGCCAGCCAGCCAGCCAGCCCAGCCAGGCCCACCCCAACACAGCCCAGCAGCAGCCCAGCCCAGCCCAGCCCAGCCCCUGCCCACCCUGCCCACAACGCCCCCAUCCCUCC